AUGCAUGACAAUAGGGAUAGAUUUACAGGUGCGACAGGUUCAAUAGGCUCAAUUCCCGGUUCAUGGGUGGAAUACUCUGCGAAAAACCAAAGAAGAGACAUGACAGAGCCGUACAACGAGGAUUCGCAUCGAACAGACACCUAUAAAGAGAGAGAUGAUUCGAUUCAGAAGUCUAUGAAGGCAAAACUCUCAAAAGCUGAUAGUUUCGAACAAAGCCAUGCCCUCAAAGAAGAAGAGGCCUUGGAAAGGCCCUUGAACCCGCAAGAAAUCGGCACCGGAAAGGGGAUUGGCGUUGGAGGGAUAGGUCCCAAUCAUUUGGAUGAGAUUCGCAUGCGUAUGAAGCAGAUGUACAAGGCUGUCAUUGAUCUGGCUGAACAAAACACAAUAUUGGCGUCGCAACUUAGGGAGGCAGAUCAACACAACAUAACAUGGCAGGCACAAACCCCAGAGGAAUCGGAUGGUAAAGGCUCCUGUGUCGGAAAGGAGACAGAGCCGAUUGCCGCUCUCGAGAUGUCGAGGAGAAAGGCUGAGGAUGAGGCACAGCGGUUGAAAGAUGCUAACGCAAAGCUUGAUGUAAAGCUCGCAGAGGUGGAGAGGAAAUGCGAGCUUGUCAUGCGGGUUCUGGUUGCUGUAGUUGCCGCCUUUCUUUUAGCCAUGGGAAUCAACCUUGGCACAUAG